AUGCCUCUUCCAGAAGACCCAGAGCUAUUGAAGCUCUCUGACGAACUCGUCAAAACCAUCCGUGAGACAUUCGAUACGCCCCAGAAUUACAGACCUGUCCACGCAAAAGGCCAGCUCGUCAAGGGCCCCUUUACACCAAGCAAAGACGCUUCCAAGCUCUCUAAAGCCCCCAUCUUCACCAACCCGUCGACUCCCCUAGUCAUGCGAUACAGCACGGACACGGGCUUCAAGAACUUGCCGGACAAUGGCGAGAAUGGAUCCCGCGGCUUCGCAAUCCGUUUUGUUCUGUCUGACGACGGCCACAAGCACUACGAUAUCAUCACCAACAAUGCUUUUGGUUUCGUUGUGAGCACUGGCGAAGGCUUCUUAGACCAGUUCAAAGCAAUGCGGGACAACAAAAUGGAAGACUUCCUCAACAACUAUCCACAUGCAAGGUACUUCAUGGAGAACCAAUCCCCAGCUCACUCCUACUCGUUCGCUACCGAGCAGUGGCAUAGCAUCCAUGCUUUCAAGUUCACCAACGACAAGGGCGAGGAAAGGUAUUUCCGCUGGAGACUUGUUCCCUGGCAAGGUGUCAUGAAGCACAGCAAAGCCGACGCCGCCAAGCAGAGCAAGAACUACCAAUUCGACGAUCUGUAA